AUGGGGAUAGACGACAUAAUCUAUAGCGACACUCUUGUGAAGGUGGGCCUGUUCAUCCUUGUUCAACUUCUGGUUUAUCUUAUUCUAUCAAGUUCUUCCAAUAUCUUCUCGAAUACUGCCCCCAGCCUUAGGGCAACAAGCUUUAGAACAGUUCCGUCAGCUAGUAUUCGCCGGAUAAUGGCUGCUCUCUCCGACUUGCCCGCUGGUGAUGAGACCUCUCCUUCCACCAAAGGCUCAAGGUCCAUCACACGACAAGACUCUAUUACUACCAAUGAUCAUUCUUCGUAG